AUGGCAUGGGAGGUUUUUGGAGACAUUGAUGAUUACCGUGAUCCACUUCUCCAGAGGGACGCCCAGUUCCUGUGUGGGCACCAGAGGAUGGACACGGCACUGCUCGACAGAUUGGUUCUGCAGCUCAACAGGAUCCACCCCCAGAUUCUGAACGACCAUGAGGCACAAAGGUUCAGGAACCUAGCGGCGGCCACCAGGGGAAGGCUCUCUGGGUUGCUGGAGCACCUGCAGCAGGAGGGAGAUGAGGCGUGUCUGGGGUUCUACCAAGCCCUCCAGCUCCACGCCGAGGACCUUUACUGCACUUUACCAAGCAGGGUCAGCCUCCGAGAAAUGGCAGAACCCAAGAAGACCAACACUUUGACAGUCCAAGAGAGAUCUGUGCUAAACCACAAGGGUAAAACCCAAUGAACAGUGCUGCCCUGAUCCAUAGUUCUGAUACAGUUCUUAUUGAGUGUUCUAAAACUGUCUGUAGGUUGACCGCACUUUUAGGAGAAAAUACAGCUGCAUGACUGUAAAGAACAUCUCUACAAAAAUGGGUUCGUCCUUCAAUAAGCUUUCGAAGCCUGAUGCGCUUUUCAUCCAAUGGCACUGUCUGCUGAACCCUGUCACCUCUAUUAUCACACAAUGUGUGCGCAUCUCCCUGCA